AUGUAUAGUCUGUAUCAAAGGGCGAACCUCAUCUCUGCCUUUGCGCUUAGUGUGUUGUCGGUCGUCCUCGCACUAGUAGCGCUCACGGGCUUGCAAGUAGAGCGCCCCGUGUUUUCCAUUGAUGUCAAGGAUGUGGAUAUUGUGUAUGGUCGCGCGCGGUACCAUGCGGAUCGUCGUAUCCAGAGCUACCUGGAAACGACAUUUGAUCUCGAUAUGGACUUGGAGCCCCUUUUUAACUGGAACACAAAGCAAGUGUUCCUGAGUCUCACGGCGUCCUACAAGUCGCCCAAGCGGGGCACCAAUGAUGUGGUGAUUUGGGACAAGAUUGUGCGCCCCACAGAUCAGACAAGUAUGAUUCUACACGAUGUUCAUCACAAAUACGGUCUCCGUGAAUACACCAAGUCCUUUGCGAAUAUCACGUCGAUGGAUUUCCGCUUGGAAUACAAUGUAAUGCCCUAUGUCGGUUUCCUGCAACGUGGCGUGACACUUCGAUCGGCUCCCAUCACCUUCGAGGAGAGCCCAACGCUGAAGAGCAGUAAAGUAAAGCUCAUGCCAUAUUAA